ACCUGUGGGUUCUUGUUCUGGGAAAGUAUCCAACCCACCAUAAGAUUGGCAUUCCAGAGUUCAAGUAUGUUGCUAAUAUGCAUGGGGAUGAGACUGUCGGGAGAGAAAUUCUGCUCCAUUUGAUAGACUUCCUGGUGACAAACUACGGACACGACCCGGUUAUUACCCGGUUGCUUAACAACACCCGGGUCCACAUCAUGCCGACGAUGAAUCCGGACGGGUUCGAAGCUACCAAAGUGCCCGACUGUUACUACUCCCUGGGGAGGUAUAACCGGAACGGAGAAGACCUGAACCGCAAUUUCCCGGACGCCUUUGAGUACAACAACGUGACCAUUCAGCCGGAGACGCGAGCGGUGAUGGACUGGAUAAAGAACGAAACGUUUGUGCUCUCGGCCAACCUGCACGGCGGGGCGCUCGUGGCCAGCUACGCGUUCGAUAACGGCAACGCGGCGACCGGCUCGUGGGAGGGCUACAGCAGAGCUCUGGACGACGACGUUUUUGUUCACCUGGCGAAAACCUACUCCUACAACCACGCCAGCAUGUACAAAGGCGCCGGCUGUGACAACAGGCAGCCCUUUCCGGAAGGCAUCACCAACGGCUACUCGUGGUACCAGCUGGAAGGUGGAAUGCAAGAUUACAACUACAUCUGGGGACAGUGUUUGGAGAUUACGUUGGAGCUGUCGUGCUGCAAAUAUCCCCCUGAAGCCCAGCUGGAGAAGUUCUGGAGAGACAACCGAGUGGCUUUGGUGGAAUACAUGAAACAAGUGCAUCUCGGCAUCAAAGGGCAGGUCAUGGACAGCAGGGGGAGGCCCAUUCCCAACGCCAUCGUGGAGGCCAAGGGUCGUGCCCACGUGUGCCCUUACAGAACCAACGACCACGGCGAGUACUUCCUUCUCCUCCUGCCGGGCACCUACGUGAUCAAUGCUACUGUACCAGGAUUUAAAUCCAAGCUGAAGACAGUGGAAAUACUGGAUAACACUGCAAACUUCAGCGCUUUGAAAUAUGACUUUUAUUUCUCCGAAGUCUCUGUCACACCAAGAGCAGCUUCGUGUCCCACCUCUCCUCUCUACGGAGAGCAGGAGCGCACCUCGGCAGCAGGAAGGGCAGCUUUACACAGCGUCCUUGCCACCACCAUCCUGCUUGCAGUGAUGUUUAAAUAA